AUGGAGCCUAAACCUGUCCUCACCACGGACACAGUCAGGCCGCCAUCGAGAGCGUGCACGUGUGGGAAUAAAAUAGCCGGAGCAGACACCCACUCUGCUUGUGCUUCGUGUCUGGGGCUGCAACACGCCCAGGAUGCGUUAGCAUCUCCGGUCACAUGUGAGCACUGCGCACGGCUCUCCACCAAAACCCGCAAACGGCGGCUCUCGCGCCAAGUGAGCCUGUCAGCGGUAGACCCGAUGAUGGGGGUAGCCAUUCCCCCGCCGCCGGAGUUAACCGACUGCGCCCGCGGAAAUUCAUCCCCCAUGGAUGCCAGCUGGGGCGACCAGCUUGACGCUGCCGCCCCGCUGAGCGACCAUGAGGAGCCUUACGAGGCCGCACCUCCGGAGCAGCAUGACGCCGCUGGCGCCGAGUCUGACUCCGAAGAUGAGUCCAUCAGCCUCGGAUCCGAAGAGGACGAGGAGGACUGCGGACCUUUUAUCUUUCCCGCGGCUGCGAAGCCGACGGGACUGACAGGCACACGCAGCGGAUCUCCAAACCCGACUGCUACGGUGGACCUGCAUGACGUCUGCAGGAGAGCAGCUGCAAAGCUGGGCGUGGAGUGGCCUGAAACCCCCACCGAGACCCCCGUGUCUCGCUACGAGGGAAAACGGCUCCCGAAAGCCAAAUCUCCUGGUCGACAGCUGUUGCCGGUCUUCCCAGAGUGCCUGGAGGAGGCGACCCGGUCGUGGAGCAAUCCACUCACCGCCAAGAACCCCACCUUCGGGAACUCGGCGCUUGACUGGGCUGGCAUGGAGGAAAAUGGCUUCGCCCACAUUCCUCCAGUGGAACCUCUGCUGGCGUCCCACCUGCACCCGACGCAGAAACCCAGCAUGACGUCCGCGAGCCCCGCCUUACCCUCAAAAUCUGAUGGGUUCCAGUCUACGCUGACCGACAAAGGCUACAGGGCGGUAGCCUCGUCAGUAAAGGCCCUGAACGCAUCAUCUCUGCUCCUCGCUUAUCAGGCGGAAAUUCAGGAGCAGAUGUCAGCCUCUCCGACCUCAGACCUGUGGGACGAACUGUGCGUGGUGACGGACCUCUGCCUGCGCCUACACAGAUCCGCUGUCCAAGCCGCCGGACGGGCUAUGGCCCUCAUGGUGACUCAGGAGAGGGCGAGAUGGCUGAACCUCUCGAGUCUGUCUCAGAAGGAGAAGACUCAUCUCCUCGACGUUCCCGUGGACCCUAAAGGUUUAUUUGGACCAGCGGUGGCCACGAUGCAGAAACGGUGCGAGGAAAAGAAGAGAGAAGGCGAGGCCCUCCAGCUCUGCCUGCCCAGGAAGGCGCUCCCUCUCUCAGCUGCACCGCGUCAGACCUUCGCUCAGGCUGUGGCUCGACCGGCUUUUCGCAUCCCCAGGCGUCAGCCCCAACCACAGUCGGACGACCGCGGUCACGGCAAACCCACGGAGCUGAAAGCACCGGGAACUCCAAGAAAAAGAGACGUGCCACCUGAGACACUCUCUACCGGGAGGAGGAGCGGGCUCGGCCAGACACCUGCCCUCACCCUCCCACACAACGUUCUGUUCUGUUCAACGUUCAAGCCCUCCAAAAGGCGUGCAGAGGAUGCGCUGGCGCUCCCAGCACACAGCCAGUUGAAAAGGAGGAAGACCGGACCAGCAGAGAGCUCAGUGGAGCCACAGCUGCGUUCAGUAAAUGCUCACAAGAGCACAAGCACACACCAGUGCAAAUAUGUUCUGUUAUUAAACAAAAUGUGUUCAAUAAAAACUGUCCCAUGCGCAUGUCUCAGCUCAAUGCACAACGCGCGCACACGCGGGCAGGAAAACACAAAAAGGGGAACAGAACGGUACGAGCCUGCGCAGCUGCACAUGAGGCUGCGGGGGGGAACUCCCCCCGCGCCACUGCAGCCCAGGUGUCUUGGAACGAGCAGUGCACGACCCGUGCACGCGCACUCCGCACUGCUCGCUCAUUUUCCAAAGCCGCCACAUCUCGGGCCGCUGUCAGCGAAUGCACGAGCAUGGCGAGACUGUGGGGCUUCCAGCUGGGUAAUGAAAACUGUAACCAGAGGUUACAGGCUUCAGUUUGCAUUCACACCCCCCCGUUUCAACGGCAUUCUGCACUCGCAGGCUCACGGGGAGAGAGCGCGCAUCUUACAAGCCGAGAUCGCGGCGCUCAUGAACAAAAAUGCAAUCCAGCCCGUUCCGCCAGCGCAGAGCGCGGACGGAUUUUAUUCCCGGUACUUUCUGGUUCCGAAACGGGACGGAGGUCUCCGCCCAAUUCUAGAUCUGCGUGCUCUGAACAAAUACUUAAGACAGUACACGUUCAGAAUGCUGACUCACGCAGCUCUGAUGCGAUUCGUGCGUCAAGGGGACUGGUUCAUCUCCAUAGAUCUGAAAGACGCGUACUUUCACAUCCCUAUUUAUCCCCCGCACAGAAAGUAUCUACGAUUUGCCUUUCAGGGGAAGACAUACGAAUAUGUGGUUCUCCCGUUUGGCCUCUCUUUAAGCCCCCGGGUGUUCGUCAAAUGUACGGAAGCGGCAAUCGCGCCUCUGAGAGAGAGAGGGAUGCGACUGGCAACGUACAUAGACGACUGGCUUCUUGCAGCGCAAUCUCCCAGAGAUCUUUCUGCGCACGCAGAGCUGCUUACGUCACACUUGAUCGCAUUGGGUUUCACUAUAAACUGGGACAAGAGCGUCUUGAUUCCAGCCCAAACGAUCACCUUCAUCGGGCUUUCUCUGGACUCAAAAGAGUUCAGAGCGCGACUCUCCGCGGACAGACUGAGAGCCUUUCGGGCUUGUCUGGCGCUGUUCCGAAGGGGGGCGUGUCUCCGGUUCAGGCAGUGCCUCAGACUGCUGGGUCUGAUGGCGUCUGCAUUAAUAGUGGUCCCGUUAGGUCGUCUAUACAUGCGACCGUUUCAGCGGUGGGUGGCGUCGCUCAACCUGAGCCCCGCUCGCCACGCCCACCGCAGAGUUCAUAUAACGGUAACGUGUGCUGUCACCCUCCAUCCAUGGAGGAGCGCGCACUUCCUAACCAGGGGCGUUACCAUGGGAACCAUCCAAACACGGAAAAUUGUGACCACGGAUGCUUCGUUGACAGGCUGGGGAGCCACACACGAAGGCAUGACAGUGAACGGUUCAUGGAGCUCUCACAUGCAGUCAGUUCACAUAAACUGCCUGGAGCUCCUGGCCGUGUCUCUGGCACUGAAACAUUUCCUGCCCCGCUUGAGGGGGGAGCAUGUUCUGGUCAGAACCGACAAUACCACUGUAGUGGCAUAUAUCAACAAGCAGGGGGGGCUGCGCUCACGUCGUCUGCACACGUUGGCACACAGACUGAUAGUAUGGAGCAGCUCUCACCUGCUGUCAUUGAGAGCCAUCCACGUUCCGGGCAUUAUGAACCGCGCAGCGGAUCUACUGUCCAGGGGCAACCCUCGCUACAGGGAAUGGAAGCUCCACAGCGAUGUGGUGGCUCAGAUAUGGACCAUCUACGGUCGAGCAGAGAUCGACCUUUUUGCAUCAGCGGAGAAUGCGCAGUGUCCCAAGUUUUACUCCCUGACCGAUCAGGGCCUUCCUCUGGGACUGGACGCAUUAGCGCACGAAUGGCCGAAGGCCCUGCUGUAUGCGUUUCCUCCACUGGAGUUGAUACCCCCCACCCUGGCCAGGGUACGAGGUGGGCACCAUUCUCUCAUCCUGAUAGCUCCACGCUGGCCUGGGAAACCCUGGCUAGCCGAGAUUUUUCAGCUGAUGGACAGGGAACCAUGGCCACUUCCCCUCCGCAGAGACCUGCUGUCGCAGGCGCGCGGGGAAAUCUUCCAUCCUCAUCCAGGUCAUAUGGCACUAUGGGCCUGGCCUGUGAGAGGUUAAACCUGACCGCCACGGGUCUCCCACAAAACGUUGUGGAAACGAUUCAAAACGCCAGAGCUUCCUCUACACGUUGGCGUAUGAUGGAAAAUGGCGUGCGUUUGAGGACUGGUGCGCUAAAAGCACUGUGGUGGCUUAUCAGAGUUCUGUGGCUGACAUUCUGUCAUUUCUGCAGAACCUGUUGGACAAGGGUCUAGCUUUCUCCACCAUUAAGGUGUACUUAGCUGCUAUAUCGGCCUGCCAUGUCGGUUUUGGAAACAGAACGGCGGGCCAGCAUCCGCUCGUGGUACAGUUCAUGAGGGGAGCGCGCCGACUUAGGCCGGUGUCCAGGAGCCUGGUCGCUCCUUGGGAUUUAUCCUUGGUGCUCGAUGUGUUGACACGUUCACCUUUUGAGCCUCUGCAGCAGGUCGAGCUUAAGGUGCUCUCCUUAAAAACGGCUUUGCUGAUUGCACUGGUUUCUGCAAAACGUGUGAGCGAUAUUCAUGCGUUGUCAGUUAACCCGUCAUGCAUGCAAUUUUCCAGGGGGGAUUCAAGGGUUCUGUUGAAACCUAAUCCUGCCUUUUUACCCAAGGUUUUUGAUUCGGCUGUGUCAAGCCGCCCUCUUGAGCUAUCAGCCUUCUACCCACCGCCUUUUGCCUCUGUUGAGCAAGAGCGGCUUCAUGCACUCUGCCCGGUCCGAGCUCUGCGCAUUUAUACGGAAAUGACCUCUGACUUCAGAAAGUCAGAACAGCUGUUUGUGUCAUGGGCUCCACCGCACAAGGGUAGACCUCUCACUAAGCAACGUUUGUCACGUUGGAUUGUGGAGGCUAUUGUCAUGGCUUAUAAUGUCAGGGGAUUGGAACCCCCUGCUUAUCUGCGGGCUCACUCCACACGUGGAAUGGCCUCUUCUUGGGCACUAUUUCAAGGGAUCUCGGUAGGUGACAUAUGUGAAGCUGCCAGCUGGGCUUCACCCCACACCUUCACCAGAUUCUAUAAACUGGAUGUGACUACACCAACUCUGUCUCACGCAGUGUUAGGUGUGGCUUCUGCGCCAGUUUGAAAAGACCGUGUACUUCUUAGUCUUCAAGUAAGCCUGUCUGGCAAUCCGGGAGUCUCUAUAUCCCAUAGUGAGAUACCGAAUGAAUGUUGAAAGAGAACGUUAGGUUAAGAAAUUAACCCUGGUUCUCUGAAACAUGAGUGAGGUAUCUCACCAGACAACCCUUCUUGCCUGGAGCGAGAAGAGGUGAGCUUUCUUAGACUGAGGAGAGGAAGAUGACGUCCCACUUAUAUACUAGAAGGAAGUCCCUCCUCCUAGAGUGGACGUCACUUCCUGACGGCCAGUCAGGACUGGCGUAAUGUGAAAAAAGCUUCUGGGGACAGCGCAUAGGGGGCGUGUCCCAUAGUGAGAUACCUCACUCAUGUUUCAGAGAACCAGGGUUAAUUUCUUAACCUAA